AACAAAGUCAUUGCUCUGACAGUGUUGUGAAGGGAGCAGAAGAAGAGAAACCUAAUCUCAGAACUCAACAACACCUAGCAACAGUUGAAAAAACUUUUAAACAAAAGCCUGGUUGGGAGAUACCGGACAACUUCCAGUUUCUGCUACCCGGGCUUUCAGGAGAAGCAGCUGCAUUCUCCUUCACUUUACCCAGUUUCCUGCAUGACUUCAGCUAUUGGCUGGCCCUAGGAAAGAGAGUGGGAAAAGCUUUUUCCUCUGUAUUCUUUUGGGCUGGAUAGUUUUCCAGGACUCGAGUCUGCCUUGGGCUGUGGGACAAGCCACAGGGUUCUUCAAAGGAUAAACUACCUUCUCAACGAACAUACCCUUGGUUAAAAGAGCUGCCAUCAGGUGGGAAUGCGAUCCCGAAACCAAGGUAGUGAAAGUUCAGCUAACGGGCAUAUCUCCUGCCCCAAGUCCUCCAUCAUCAGCAAUGCUGAAGAUAAAAGUCUCUCUGAAGAUUCAAAAAAGAAGAACAAAUCAAAUAGGAAAGAGGAAGAUGUCAUGGCCUCAGGAACAGUCAAACGACACCUAAAACCAUCUGGAGAGAGUGAACGGAAGACUAAGAAGUUCCUGGAGUUAUCCAAAGAAGACCUUCUCCAGCUGCUCAGCAUAAUGGAAGGAGAGUUGCAGGCCAGAGAGGAUGUGAUCCACAUGCUGAAGACAGAGAAAACCAAGCCUGAGGCGCUGGAGGCUCAUUACGGAUCUGCGGAGCCAGAGAAAGUGCUGCGAGUCCUGCACCGAGAUGCCAUCCUGGCCCAAGAGAAGUCCAUAGGAGAAGAUGUGUAUGAGAAACCCAUCUCAGAGCUGGACAGACUUGAAGAGAAACAGAGGGAAACCUACCGGCGCAUGCUGGAGCAGCUGCUGCUGGCGGAGAAGUGUCACAGGCGCACCGUGUACGAGCUGGAGAACGAGAAGCACAAGCACACCGACUACAUGAACAAGAGCGACGACUUCACCAACCUGCUGGAGCAGGAGCGGGAGAGGUUGAAAAAACUCCUUGAACAAGAAAAGGCUUACCAAGCCCGCAAAGAAAAGGAAAAUGCUAAGCGGCUCAAUAAACUAAGAGAUGAGCUUGUUAAGCUCAAGUCCUUUGCACUCAUGCUGGUGGAUGAAAGACAAAUGCAUAUUGAGCAACUUGGCUUGCAAAGCCAGAAAGUGCAGGAUCUUACUCAGAAACUGAGGGAAGAAGAAGAAAAGCUCAAAGCUGUUACUUAUAAAUCCAAAGAAGACAGACAGAAAUUGCUCAAGUUAGAAGUAGACUUUGAACACAAGGCUUCGAGGUUUUCUCAGGAGCAUGAAGAGAUGAAUGCUAAAUUGGCUAAUCAAGAAUCCCACAACAGGCAACUCAGACUCAAGCUGGUCGGCUUAACUCAAAGAAUCGAAGAGCUGGAAGAAACCAACAAGAAUCUUCAAAAGGCAGAGGAAGAACUUCAGGAAUUAAGAGAGAAAAUUGCCAAAGGGGAAUGUGGAAAUUCCAGCCUCAUGGCCGAAGUGGAAAAUCUCCGAAAGCGUGUGCUUGAAAUGGAGGGUAAGGAUGAGGAGAUCACCAAGACUGAAUCCCAGUGCAGGGAACUGAGGAAGAAGCUGCAGGAAGAAGAGCACCACAGUAAGGAGCUCAAACUCGAAGUUGAGAAGUUACAGAAAAGAAUGUCAGAACUGGAGAAAUUGGAAGAAGCAUUCAGCAAGAGUAAGUCUGAAUGCACGCAACUGCAUUUAAAUCUGGAGAAAGAAAAGAACUUAACCAAAGACCUGCUGAAUGAAUUAGAGGUGGUGAAGAGUCGAGUUAAAGAACUUGAAUGUUCUGAAAGUAGAUUGGAAAAGGCUGAAUUAAGCCUAAAAGAUGAUCUUACAAAGCUGAAGUCAUUUACUGUGAUGCUGGUUGAUGAAAGGAAAAAUAUGAUGGAAAAAAUCAAACAGGAGGAAAGAAAAGUAGAUGGGCUGAAUAAGAAUUUUAAGGUGGAACAGGGGAAAGUUAUGGAUGUAACUGAAAAACUGAUUGAAGAAAGUAAGAAGCUAUUAAAACUGAAAUCUGAAAUGGAAGAAAAGGUCUACCAUCUGACAAAAGAGAGAGAUGAGUUGAUGGGAAAACUGAGAAGUGAGGAAGAAAAGUCUUCUGAGUUAAGCUGCAGUGUGGACCUGCUGAAAAAGAGACUGGAUGGUAUGGAGGAAGUGGAACGAGAAAUAGCAAGAGGAAGGUGUCGAAAAGGAUCUGAACUCACCUGCCCAGAAGAUAAUAAGAUUAAGGAGCUGACGCUGGAAAUUGAGAGACUGAAGAAACGUCUCCAACAACUGGAGGUGGUGGAAGGGGAUCUGAUGAAGACAGAGGAUGAGUAUGAUCAGCUGGAGCAAAAAUUUAGAACUGAGCAAGAUAAGGCUAAUUUCCUCUCCCAGCAGCUAGAAGAGAUCAAGCACCAAAUUGCCAAGAACAAAGCAAUAGAGAAAGGCGAGGCGGUGAGUCAGGAAGCUGAGCUGAGACACAGAUUUCGUUUGGAAGAAGCCAAAAGUCGAGACUUAAAAGCCGAAGUCCAAGCUCUGAAAGAGAAAAUUCACGAGUUGAUGAACAAAGAAGACCAGCUCUCUCAGCUCCAAGUGGACUAUUCGGUCCUUCAACAACGAUUUAUGGAAGAAGAAAAUAAAAACAAAAGCAUGGGGCAGGAAGUCCUCAGUCUAACCAAGGAGUUGGAGCUUUCUAAGCGCUAUAGCCGAGCCCUUAGACCCAGUGUGAAUGGGAGAAGAAUGGUGGAUGUCCCGGUGACAUCGACCGGGGUACAGACGGACACAAUCAGCAGCGAAGCCGCGGAGGAGGAAACACCUGCUGUGUUCAUACGGAAAUCCUUUCAAGAAGAAAAUCACAUCAUGAGUAACCUUCGACAGGUGGGAUUGAAAAAGCCCAUGGAACGCACCUCCGUCCUGGACAGGUACCCUCCAGCUGCGAAUGAGCUCACUAUGAGGAAGUCUUGGAUUCCAUGGAUGAGAAAACGGGAGAAUGGCCCCCCAGGAGUUCUGGAGAAAGGGCCCCGCACGAAUUCCAGCCCAGGGCACCCAGGAGAGCUAGUCCUUUCACCAAAGCAGGGCCAGCCCCUGCAUAUUCGAGUGACACCAGACCACGAGAACAGUACUGCGACUUUGGAGAUAACCAGCCCCACCUCUGAGGAAUUUUUUUCUAGUACCACCGUCAUUCCUACUUUAGGGAAUCAGAAACCGAGGAUAACCAUUAUCCCAUCACCAAAUGUGAUGUCCCCCAAACCAAAGAGUGGAGAUACUAGUCUUGGCACAGAAAGAGCCAUGUCCCCUGUCACCAUUACUACCUUUUCUAGAGAGAAGACUCCGGAAAGUGGAAGAGGCACCUUUUCAGACCGGCCCACAUCACCCAUUCAGAUAAUGACCGUGUCCACAUCAGCAGCGCCAGCUGAGGUGGCAGUUUCUCCUGAACCCCAGGAAAUGCCCAUGGGAAGGACUAUCCUCAAAGUCACCCCAGAAAAACAGACUGUCCCAACUCCAGUACGAAAAUACAACUCUAAUGCCAACAUUAUAACCACGGAAGACAAUAAAAUUCACAUUCACUUAGGUUCUCAGUUCAAACGAUCUCCUGGGACUUCAACUGAAGGGGUGAGCCCGGUCAUCACUGUCCGACCAGUCAAUGUGACAGCUGAAAAGGAGGUUUCCACUGGCACUGUCCUUCGCUCUCCCAGGAACCAUGCGUCUUCACGACCUGGUGCGAGCAAAGUGACCAGCAGCAUCACCAUCACACCGGUCACCACCUCAUCCACCCGAGGAACACAGUCAGUGUCAGGACAAGACGGGUCAACUCAGCGGCCUACACCCACCCGCAUUCCUAUGUCAAAAGGUAUGAAAGCAGGAAAGCCUGUAGUGGCAGCCCCAGGAGCAGGAAAUCUGACCAAAUUCGAGCCUCGAGCUGAGACUCAGUCUAUGAAAAUAGAGCUGAAGAAAUCUGCAGCCAGCAGCGCUACCUCUCUUGGAGGGGGGAAGGGCUGAGGGCAGUGGCUAAGGGGGUAUGUCGUGCAGAUGCUAGUGCUGCUGUGAAAACAAACCUGUCUGUGCCAACUCCUUACACGUGCUAAUUUAAGUUUUAACAGCCUUGUUCAUAAAAUAACCAACUAACAACCAUGUAUCUUUCCUAUUUGUGCAUUUGUUUUGAUGCUAGGGAACAGAAUUAAUUUUUAACACAACUACUGUUUGCCGUGUGGUUUGUUGAAGAUGCUGGUUUUUAGGCAAAACCUGACCUGUAGCUCCAGUUCUGCUUCUAGCAAGUAGAUCCCUCAGUGAAUCCAGCGGAGCCUCAUGUUCUUCAUCAGGAGGAUGUGGGGGCUGGACAACGUGCUCUUCAAGGCUUUGUUUCACACUGUUUUAUUUAUCAAAGAAUUCCUUAUAAAAUAGCACAUAGUUUGUUGUCAUUUACCAGCAUCAAAUCCUGAAUUGAGAUUGUGUUGGAAAAAUAGAUCUCCAUAGUUAAUACAGGGACUAGACUUCUAAACUGCAAAAACAAGAGCCUUUACUGUGCUUUCAAGAUACUUUGAAUGUGAAAUAAAAUGGAAAUGAAAUAUGGAAUCC